AGAGAGCCCAGGAGACUGCAUCAUGGCAGCGAAGCCCAUGCUUCACUACUUCAAUGGACGAGGCCGGAUGGAGCCGAUCCGGUGGCUCCUGGCUGCCGCUGGAGUCGAGUUUGAAGAGACAUUUAUAGACACUCCAGAAGACUUUGAAAAGCUAAAAAAUGAUGGGAGUUUGAUGUUCCAGCAGGUGCCAAUGGUGGAAAUUGAUGGGAUGAAGCUGGUGCAGAGCAGAGCCAUUCUCAACUACAUCGCCGCCAAACACAACCUCUAUGGGAAAGACACCAAGGAGAGAGCCCUGUACGGUAUUUUUCCUGCUGUUUUGUCAAGAAUUAAUAGGAACAAUUUAGGUCCUUCCCUGGGGGACCCAGACCGUGUUGGGGGAUCAUGA